GCAAUAUUAAAAUCCUUCUUAAUCAGGAUGCCUAGGCCAACCAUAGACAGAAACUCAGCCCACCUCUACCCAAGAGAGAGAGCUGUCUCACUUGACUGGAUCGAUGGCAAAAACGUCAGGCUCCUCAGAGUGGCCAACCACAGAGAGUCUUUCAGGUUCAAAAAGCUGAGCCAGGCCCUCAGCACGAUUGAGAACAUCCAUAAAGCCUGCUGGCUCCGUGAGGAGAAGAAGGUCAGACAGAGUCUCAGGAAGCUGGUCAGCGUGUCUCCAUCCUACUCCAGCCGGACACUCUUCAAGAGGAACAGCGAUGCCUGCUCCAAAGUGUCCAUGCGCCUGGAGAGUGGACUAGUACUGCCCCCCUGUGUGCCAGUGCGGGUGGGAGGGGAAGAGGUCCGGAGUCAGCAGAGCGCCGGCACCAAAGGCCUGCUCCCUAGCAUCACCAGCUGUCCUCCCUCCUCCCUCACUCCAGCUCCUCGUGGCACCCCGCUCUCCAGCGCGCCCUUGACCUCCUGGAGCCCAUCUUACGCCAGAGGCAUCAGUAGGGGCACCGGGGGUGGGUGCUCCUCUUCCAAGAGCGUCGCCUUCCCCAGCAGCCAGACAUCGGGCUCAGGCAGCGCGGAGGUGGGCCCCCCCCCCACCCCUCUGCUCCCCACGCCCAGCCUGCUGGCCCUGCUGCCACCCCACCUGUCCCCGGAGCUCCACGGCCUGCAGGAGGCCGUGCUGGGCUUCCCCCUGCUGCAGAAGCGCGUCCGCGAGCUGAUGGCCCGCACCAGAGCCAUCGAGCAGGAGAGGCAGGAGAGGCGCAGUAUCACGCUUAAGCCUAUAGAGGCGCUGCGGUGCAGGUAUCUGCGUCUGUCUGAGAGCAACAUCAGCACUCUGCUCCAGCUGUGCAAGGAGUCCGGGAUAGAUGUGGACAUCCAUCCCCACAUGAAGGAUUCGGACAUCGACAUCUCCACCCUGUUCAAGGGCUCGUCGUCUCCUUCGUCCAGCACAGAGCUGAUGUGAUCGAUCCAUCUCUCUCACUCACUCACUCACUCACUCACACACACACACACACACAGCGCAGCUACACACCCACGCAAACCAAAGACAUCAAUCAAAACACAAGUUCUACAUACACAUGCUUUGCUUAUACACACACAGCAUAUACAUAUGCAACACAAGAAAAUAAAGGUGUCAACCGCAGUCCCAGGCCGUAAAUUGUGUCUUAUCACAUAACCAUGGAAUUACAUAGUUUUGAGUCAAAGAACAACGAAGUAGUAACCCCCUCCGAAACUGUUGUUUUGAUAGUC